AUGUCUUCUUCUUCUUCUUCUUCUUCUUCUGUGCGAAUACCAAAAGCAACGUCGUCGAAUAACGACGAGCGCUCGUCGAGAGGAGACGCUCUGGGAGGGCAAGAUUUCAUCUACUCUCAAAAGUCUGGAGUGACGGAGGAACUGUUCAUGAAUUCCGUGGACGCGGAUAUCGCCACCGGAGAGAUGCGAGUGAACGAGUUUAAAGAGAUGAAAUCGAUAAACGCGGACGAUUUUACGGUUCCUGAACGACUUUUAGAAAGGAUAGGGACGUUUUUAACCAAAAACUAUUUGAUGCAUUAUCAAGCGAAAACAUUUAUGAAAAAAAGGACGAUAGUGUCUCCACUCGUGUUAGGCAUAUGGGGUGGUAAAGGGUGCGGCAAAAGCUUUAACGUAGAGUUAGCGUGCGCAAAGUUAGGCGUGUUACCGAUAGUCACGUCGGCGGGAGAGCUCGAGGACGCCACCGCGGGAGAACCCGGAAAACUUCUCAGAAGACGGUACCUCGCGGCGGGAAAGAUGACGAGAGAAACGGGCGUGCCGACGUGUUUGAUUAUUAAUGAUAUCGAUGCCGGCGUCGGUCGGUUUAAGCACACGACGUCCUCAACUGUAAACAAUCAAAUCGUGCAAGGAACUUUGAUGAACAUCGCGGAUAAUCCCACGAACGUUUACGAAGAUACGAGCAUCGUAGGCAAUCGCGCGAGCGUUCCGAGAGUACCCGUUAUUGUCACUGGGAACGAUUUUAGUCGACUUUAUGCACCUUUAGCGAGAGAUGGGCGGAUGGACAAAUUCUUUUGGGAACCGUCGCGAGAGGAAAUCGUCGGUAUCAUGACGCCUAUUUUCGCGCAACAUGGAUUAGACAAACGAGAUACCGAAAAAUUAGUCUCUCACUUUCCAAACCAACCUUUGGAUUUUUUUUCAGCGGUGAGAAAUCGUGCAAUCGACGCGUUCGUGUUGGAUUUUUGCGUAGAGAACGAGAUGGCGUUCACGAGCGCGUUACUAGAUGCAAAUAAGUCGUCUUCUCAAAGUAAAGUGAGCGAACGAACGGUUUCGUACGAGACGUUUUUAUCGGCGGCGCGAUACGUUCAGAACGAACAACAAAACGUGAACAAUUUGCAAUUAUCUCGCGAAUAUUUGGCGAACUGGGUAAAUGAAGAGGAUAUAACUAACGCAUCACCACCGUCGCCGCCGCCGGAACGAUUACCUGAUAAAGUUGUUGACGAUGAGAAAUCAAAGGCGUUAUUCGAAGCGGCGAAAAAGAAAAUGUUGGAAGGAAAAUCGACGCUAAGCAUCAAGCAAGUUGUUAAAUUUAUCGACACGGAAGAAACCGACACUGACGAUGGAUUACCAUGGGAAACAAUCAACAUUAACAGAGCUUAUCAAAUUAUGUAUGAAAAAGCGAUGGAAGGAGAGAGAGUGGUUACGAUUGACGCCAGGCCGGUGAAGGAUUUCAAUCGCGAGACUUGCAAGGGCGCAUUAAGCUUUCCGGCGGCGAUACGCAAAGGAGGCUUGAGCGACUUUGUAGACGAACCAGACGUGGAAGAGUGCGUAAAGAAAGUAAAAGACAAAGUACCCGAGGAGACGCACAUCAUCGUGCUGUUAGACGAUAAUGGAAAUGAGUACGAAACUUUAUUUCUCGAAGCGCUGUCGAAGGAAUACGGUGGAGAUUUAGUGAAAAUAAUCGAAGGCGGGUUGCCAAACUAUUUCAAGCACUUCACGCCAAAAGGAACGCGAAGACCUCGAUAUGUAGGGUACGGCCAAGAUAACGAAGAAACCAUGUGGACUGGAAGUAAUUAA